AUGCCACUCUUCGCUGCCUCGAUCGGCGUCUUCAGCGAGAUCAGAAUCUUAGGUAGAUACACGAGUCUUCACAUUAUCAAGCGUCUCGAUGCCUUCAUUCUUGUUUCAGCCGUGCAAAGGGGGCGAGUACCGCCGUCGCAACCCUCGUUGCCGGGUCUGCCGGGCCAGUUUGCCCUGACGAACGGGGACGCGGUCGCGUGCGCCGGCCUAAACGGACACAAUUACCUCUCGUCGUACAUAAGCCUGCUGCUGAGGGCGGAGCCGUAUCCUACCUCGAGAUACGGCCAGUGUAUGCAGCCCAACAACAUCAUGGGCAUCGACAAUAUCUGCGAGCUCGCGGCGCGGCUGCUCUUCUCGGCGGUCGAGUGGGCCCGGAACAUCCCGUUCUUCCCGGAUCUCCAGGUGACGGACCAAGUGGCGCUGCUCAGGCUAGUGUGGAGCGAGCUGUUCGUCCUGAACGCGAGCCAGUGCUCGAUGCCUCUCCACGUGGCGCCGCUUCUCGCGGCGGCGGGACUUCACGCCUCGCCGAUGGCCGCGGAUCGCGUGGUCGCCUUCAUGGACCACAUCAGGAUCUUUCAGGAACAAGUGGAGAAACUCAAGGCGCUUCACGUCGACUCCGCGGAAUACAGCUGUCUCAAGGCCAUCGUCCUCUUCACCACCGACGCUUGCGGUCUUUCAGACGUGGCGCACAUCGAGUCUCUCCAGGAGAAGUCGCAGUGCGCGCUGGAGGAGUACUGUCGGAGCCAGUAUCCGAAUCAGCCGACGAGGUUCGGGAAGCUGCUGCUGCGACUACCAUCGCUGCGGACGGUCUCGUCGCAGGUGAUCGAGCAGCUCUUCUUCGUGCGGCUGGUUGGUAAGACGCCGAUCGAGACCCUCAUCAGGGACAUGCUGCUGAGCGGUAACAGCUUCAACUGGCCCUACAUGCCGUCUACGAUGUGACACUCUAUCUGGCGGCAGCUAGCUUCCGCAUAAUAUUACAGCUCGAGCGGUGACGUCGCGGCGCCCCUCGACGAUCCGCAGGCCCGAUUCACGCGCGAGUAAAAACGAUCGAGCGAUGCCGCGAAGAAGACACGGGACGAUUCUGGUCUCCCUGUUGUCGAUCGUGAAGUUAAUCUCGGAAUCGCAAAUCCGCGAGGUAGCGAACAUCGUUCUCUCACGUCAAUGCCAUUAUUAAUCCGGUUAGGUAUUCGUGACGUUUCGACGCGACGAUGAUGACCGUGGAAGUCUCGUUGUUCCUUGUCAUCGGUGUCUGUUACACUCGCGUUUCAUUAAAUCGGUAUUCGCGAGAAAUCGAGAUUUCCAGUCAGGACUAACGGCUUUUGUACACGAAACGAGGAAUGAGGAAAGGAGAAUCAUGAAAGGAGAAAAAAGAGAGAGAGAGAGAGAGAGAGUCAAGGGAGAAUUAAGCGCAGUCAUUAAUGAAGUUGGACGGAGGGUGGUAGAAUAACGCGCGAAGCGAGAGAAGGGUGGAUGGGCGGUGAGAGGACGUCGUCUUGUUCGUCGGAGGCAAGGAAAUCUCGGAGACGAGCAGG